AUGUCGCAAAGACAAAGUCCGGUGCGACCAUGUGCAUCCCGUCUGUUCUCGCUGUCUGCGGCGCGGCAGCACCAGUCGGUGCUUUUAUCAUCCUGCGCCUUUGACGCGGGCUAUGAGGCGGAGUCGGGGGCUCGAGGUCAGACCACUUGCUGUCAGCGGGAUACUUGGGACCGACCAGUUUUUGUUUCUGUUUUGGGCAAAGGAGAGGGUGCGAAUGAGCUAGUCCCUGCCGCUGAUGAAAGCACUGCGGCGUCGUCUGUUCCAGCGUGGUGGGUGAAGAGAGCUACCGAGAUCGUUGGCCAUCUCGUGGAAUUUCCUACUUUCGAGCAAUUGAUAAGGGAAUUCUACGGUGUCAGUCAGUCCGCCGUGAUUGCGGCGCCUUUUGUCCUGAAUGCACUGUCCCAGAUGGAGGAUACAUAUCAUGCGUACCAGCUGGACCAAGGGACGACGGAAAUUGCAACAUUGGUUGCAACUGUCCUUGACAACACGCGGCGGACAUUUAGUGUUCCGCCUACGGUGGACGGAGCGCACUUCCACAGGCUCUAUACAGGUUCUUGCCUGCGUCUGGAGAUACUUGGGGUUGUUUAUGCUCUGGCAGGUCGAGCGAGCCAUUUCGGGCUGGGGCGGGCGCAGAACAAGCACCUGGCCUCGCACUUUGCGCGCAGGAUGCUCGCGGCGAGUGAGACCGUGCUUGAAACGUGCAGAUACCUAUCACCUGUGAAUGACCUUAUGCUCUGGCUACUCCAUGAAAACCUUCUCUUGUCCACAUUGGUCCUCGGUCACUCGAGCGAGCUCGCUACAUGCAUAUUCGAGCUUGGUUUGCACCGGGAUUCGGAUGAAAGCAUUGAUCUUCCGGUCUUCCUGCUGGAGCAGAGACGCAGACUAUUCGCCGCUGCCUAUCAGUUGGACAAGAGCAUUGCGACCUUCCUGGGCCGACCGCCCCGUAUCUCGUGGAGACAUUCUGAUUGCCGUCUGCCUCUUGAUAUCAGCGAUGAGGCUCUUACGGGGAGUAGAGAGCUUGCGCAAAGAUCAGUGACGGCUGAAGGGUGGAGUUGUCAUGCUGUCUACCAGCGUUCAGCCUGGAUUAGACUGCGCUUCCUCAUCAGCACGUUUCGAGAGGAAAUCCUGGAGCUGUCCUUGACAAAGUCCAGCGAGAACCGGGACGAGCAGUUGAGAGACGUCUCCCGCCGUUGCCGCCACGCCUGGGAUUUGGUACCCAGUCAUCUUCACUAUACAGAGGACUGUUGGAACACUCAUCAUCCGAUCAGCAUCAAGGUCAUGCUCAUUGUCUCGUACCUGGCGUUUCUCUACAAUGAGUUUCUUGUGCAGCGGUUGUUGGCUCUCAACAGCCCAGAGUAUAGCGCUGCAUUAGUCGAUGUGAGUUCGACCAUACUCUCGACAGUCUUGACCUUUGGCAGACAACAGGAAUGGGCUGUGGAUAUCCAUCGUGACUUUAUCUGGACUCUUCUUCUCUACGGCUUUCCCAGCGCGAGUGUUUUGCUCAGAGCGCUCCAAAUGCACGCCAGCACGAACCAGUUACUGAGCGUCUAUCCUAGAGGCAUUCUCAUUCGGCACCUAAGCGUCUUCAUCUCCCAUCUGGAAUCAAUGGCCCAACCAGGCACCGCCAACAACGCAUUUUUCAGCCGAGCGACUCGAGUCUUCUCCCGCAUCAUGGACGAGAUUCUCGCGCCCGAAGCGGUGACUGCAACUGAAAUUUCUCCAGUUGAUUCUGUCGCUGAUCUAGACGUCUCCUUGUUUUCUGAUUUUGAGGGAGUCGGUCUCUUGGAAACGAUGGAUUUCGCUGCCGUCCUGGAUCAAGUUUUGUGUUAG